UUUUCGCAUUUUCCACUCGCUUUCUAGUUCUCUCUGUCUGCAACUACUACUAUUCUCUUAGCCCUACGAACUCAACCUCAUUUCAUUUCGAUUCUAUUCGAUUCGAUUCAAUAUCCUCUUUUCGUUGUCCUCCUCACAGAAAAAAGUGAUCGAAACCGUGAAAUCACGCAAAUGCAACACGCGGAUCUCCUUGUGAGUGUAAGUGGCUCAGAUCUGGUGCGGAUUUGAUAUCGGAGGAACUCAGGGAAGAGAAAAAAGUUAGGUAGAGGCGAAUGGAAUUCGGAAGAUGAAGUUCUAUGUAUCUGCGAAGGAGAUAAAAAGAGUUGUCGCUGUUACCAAAUCCGCCGGAAAGACAACUGCUCCUGCCGACACCAUCGUCGGUCGCCGGGUUUCCAACCGGACGGUGGUGGCUCUCGGAAUCGUGUUGCUGCUGGGAUUUGUGAGAGUAGCUGUUUUGGUGGUGGAAUCUUCUGCGGCGUGCUCCACCUUUGAUUGCGUGGGAUCGACAUUUUUCGGCGGAGGUGACGCCAAUCUGAAACUGAGAGAAGAGUUGACGAGAGCACUGACAGAGGCAAAUGAUGGUAAUAACGCAAAUGAAGGAGGAACUCUGUCAUUUAACGAGCUUGUCAAAGUGUUGGCGUCCAAACAAGACCUUAAGGCAUUUGCUUUCAAGACCAAAGCCACGCUAUCACAGAUGGAACGUGAGGUGCAAUCAGCCAGAAAGAAGGAAUCACUUAAUUGGCACAUAGCGUCACACGGAGUUCCCAAAGGUUUGCACUGUCUUUGUCUGAAGCUGGCUGAAGAAUACACUGUAAACGCCAUGGCCAGAUCUCGUCUACCUUCUCCUCUACAUGUCUCUCGUCUUGUUGACCCUACCCUUCACCACAUAGUUCUCCUAACAGACAACGUUCUUGCAGCUUCAGUUGUUGUAGCUUCCACCGUCGAAAACUCAGCCAACCCUGGAAGAUUCGUCUUUCACGUUGUCACCGACAAGAAAACUUAUACUCCCAUGCACACCUGGUUUGCCAUCAACUCUAUUAACUCAGCAGUUGUUGAGGUUAGAGGGUUACACCAAUAUGAUUGGUCUAAAGAAGUGAAUGAUGGUGUCACAGAGAUGCUGGAAACUAAUGACUUAAUUUGGAAGCACUACUACAACAACUACAAAGAGAAAGAGCUUGAGGAUAAUGAAGAGGAUAACAGAUAUUUAGAAGCUUUAACGCCAAGUACCCUUUCCUUGUUGAAUCAUCUCCGUUUCUAUAUCCCUGAGUUGUUUCCAGAUCUGAACAAGGUUGUAGUGGUGGACGAUGAUGUUGUGGUACAGAAGGACAUAUCUUUUUUGUGGGAAGUAGAUCUUAAUGGCAAAGUGAGUGGUUCGGUGUUCAAGUCAUGGUGUGAGAACAGUUGCUGCCAUGGAAACAAAUACGUCAACUUCUUGAACUUUUCACAUCCUAUCAUAUCAUCCAAUUUUGACUGCGACAAGUGUGCAUGGCUCUUUGGCGUGAAUAUAUUUGAUCUUGAAGCUUGGAGGAGAUCAGAUAUUACUAAUACUUACCAUUACUGGUUGAAACUUAACAUGAAGUCUGGGUUGACAUUGUGGAAUCCUGGAGUUGUUGCACCUGCUUUGAUUGCUUUUGAGGGUGAAGUGCAGCCCGUAGAUUCCUCAUGGCUCGUCACUGAUUUGGGUUAUGAGCAUCGAUCAGAAGAAGAAAUGAGCAAUAGCUUAGAGAGAGUGGAAGGUGCUGCUGUUGUUCAUUUCAAUGGCCCAGCAAAGCCGUGGCUCGAAAUUGGUUUACCCGAGGUUCGAACUUUAUGGAAUAGAUACGUAAAUUUCUCCCAUAACUUUAUUAGGAAAUGUAGCAUUAUAGAGUGAAGAAAUUACACAUCCAAAGUUGAUGUUCAGAUACAACCGAUAAUCAUUAUUAGAACUUUUCAUAGCUGUGGGACUUUUACUAAUAUUUUGU